AAAAGAAGUUUGCAAUCAACAUUGAACAAAUUAAAAUUGAAACAUGUGUCAAUAAAGGCGACACAUGAAAAGGUGCUUUAUUAGGUGUUUAGAUUUUUUCAAUAGGGUGCAAAACAAAUAUCCGAAAUUUAACGCUUCUAAGAGGUCUUCCGAGCUUGUUCGAUCUACAAGAAGUUACAGCGUCAGAAUGAAGCAUCCGAUAAAUAUUGUGAAAUCAGAAAAUGACAAAAGAAAUUACAGAUGGAUUAACCUUGACAAUGGUUUACAAGCCAUCUUGAUAUCAGACUUACUGGAGGGAGAGGAGGAGGCAGAAGAAGCACCUUGGGAUGAUGAGGAUGAGGAACAAGAUGGGAAUGAAGAGGAGGAGGAAGAUCAUCAUGAGGAAGAAAUGGAGGAGGAAGAUGAAUGUGGAAAAGAGGAAGGGGGAGAAAAGAAGUCAGCAGCAGCACUUUGUAUAUCCAAUGGAAGCUUCUCGGAUCCACCCAAUAUCCCUGGAUUAGCUCAUUUCUUGGAACAUAUGGUUUUCAUGGGGAGCAAAAAAUAUCCACAAGAAAAUAAAUUGGAUGAUUUCCUUGGGAAGCAUGGGGGCUUCACCAAUGCAUGGACUGAUUGUGAAAGGACUUCCUUUCAUUUUGAUGUUGAACAAAAGUACUUCCACCAAGCUUUAGACAUCUUUGCCCAGUUUUUCACUACUCCAUUACUGAGACAGGAUUCUGUAGACAGAGAAAUUCAGGCAGUAGACAGUGAAUACCAGAUGAGCCUUCCAAGUGAUGAUGAAAGAAUGUGUAUGCUGUAUGGAUCUCUGGCAAAGGAGGGGCACCCAAUGGGGAAAUUCUUCACUGGAAGCAUAGAUUCGUUGAAGACAGUUCCCCAGCAGAAUGGAAUAGAUGUGUAUGGAAACUUAAAAAACUUUUGUCAUGAAAUGUAUUCAGCUCAGUUUAUGACCCUAGCUGUUCAGUCAAAAGUUAGCCUUGACAAGCUGGAACAGUGGGUCAGAGAGAUUUUUUCUGAAGUUCCAAACAAGUAAGACUACAUAAGAAAAAGUUAAUACAGAUAAAC